CAGGAAAAGAAUUUGUAUUUGGUAUUCUGAAUUUCGGUGACAACGGCCUUCACAAUAGUAAUAAUAUCUUAACUUUAGGUAUCACAAACGUGUCUCCAUAUGAUGCACAAAUAAGGCUGCAGAUACCUGUUUUAAACAACGACAUGCAUUUCAACAUUCCGCAUGGCGGAGGGAAAACAGUUAAAAUUGAUCCAAAGAUACAAAAAUAUGGGACUUUUGUUGGUUCACGCGGUAUCAGAAUUACGUCUAACAACGACAUCUCGGUGAUUUUUACGAAUACAUAUGAUACCGAUAAUACUAUAGAUUCGUGUAAUAUUAUACUAGUUGCUAAUAUUGCACGAAAUUACACCAUAUCAUCUUAUAGUAGCAUUUACGGAAGUGUUCUCUUGGUGGCUGGUGUAACAAAUGAUACAAAUGUAACAAUUUUCAAUGGCACAGACGUCCUUUACUCAGCCAUCAUUAACCUGUUUGACGUAUUGCAAUACAGGUCAUGUGUUACGUCUUGUGAUGUCACAGGCAUACGCGUUAUUGCUGAUAAACCAGUUUCUGUUUCGUCCGGAUCAACAUACGCAGCUCUUCUGACAAACAGUGGUGCCAGAGGUGAUUACAUAGUUUCUGAAAUGCAUCCUUUAAAAACAUGGUCUCGUACAUACAUCGUGUCUCCAGUGUUACCAAAGACCGCUUUUGUCAGCAGAAUUUUGGUGGAAAAUUCAUUUUCCAGUGUAACGGUCUCUAACAUUUCAGAAUCAUACAGGCUCACUCCAUCUUCAUCCAGCCAAUAUUUCGAAACGGAGGCUCUUGUUCUUACCUCUGAUCAUCCAUUCUCACUAACUCAAUAUGGUGUUAGUUAUGACUCUGAUGAUAACUCUGGAAACCCUUUUAUGACAGUCGUACCUGGAGUAGACCAGUAUAUCAACAAUUAUAUAUUUACAGUACCACAUGGUUAUUACGGAAAUUUGAAACAAUAUGUGUCUCUCAUCGUACCUAAAAUGUACAAAGAUAGUUUAGUUCUUGAUGGAAUGUCCCUACACGUAUAUAAUCAGACAAACCGUGCAAAGAUAUUAGAUGAUCCCGCUCCAUUUGAUACUUAUACGAUCUUGACAUUCAGAGUGAAUGAAGGCUACCACCAUUUCUAUCAUUCAUCCGAGAAAGUGACAUUUGGUGUGUUCGUGUACGGUCAUGGAUACUUUUUAAGCUAUGGGUUUUUUGCCGGUUAUGACUUAAACGGCGAUUGCCGUAUUCAAACAUCAACGUCAACCACAACGUCGAUUUCAACGUCAACUAUGACGUCAUCUACGACGUCAUCUACUUCCUUAUUACAACCAAGAGGACAAAUGUGUUACAACUGCGAAGAAUUUAGCCAUGUCGACCUUUGUGAUACAGUGAAGCAAUGCAGCAAACAGGAGGUUUGUUUUACUGAAAGAUACGAAGACAGUGGCCAAACGAAAUUCAAAACAGGAUGUCCCCUACAAAAUGUACGUAUCAGCUUACUUCAUCGUGUGAAGUUAUAAAUCCUUA